AUGGUGCGAUACUCCAAACUUGCUUUCAGAGAACUUGUCAGAAAAUACAACACGGACAUUGUCUAUACACCCAUGAUCUUGGCCGACGUAUUUAAAAGUUCAGAAUUUGCUCGCUCUUCUGACUUUACUACCAAUGAUCUCGAUGAUCCUGUUGUUGUUCAGUUUGCAGCAAAUAAUCCUGUGGAUUUGGCUGAUGCAGCAGAACUUGUAUCUCCUUUUGCUGGUGGUAUUGAUAUCAACUGCGGUUGUCCUCAGAAAUGGGCCUAUCAAGAAAAGAUUGGUGCUUAUUUGAUGCAAGAUCCAGAAAAUGUCAGAGAUAUGAUUCGAACAGUGAAAGGAAGAGUCAACAUUCCUUGCAGUAUUAAGAUUCGAGUUCAUGAUGAUCUACGAACAACCUAUGAGUUUGUGAAAAGAGCUGAAUCUGUAGGUGUUGAUUUCUUGACUGUUCAUGGUCGAACUCGACUUCAGAAAUCAACAGAGCCUGUCAAUUUCGAAGGUAUCAAAUUAGUCAAAGAAUCUGUCAGUAUGCCUGUGAUGGCCAAUGGUAGUAUAUUUUCGUUGAAAGAUGCAGAGGAAAUGUAUGAAAAGACAGGUGUGGAUGGUGUCAUGUCAGCAAGAGGUUUGUUACAGAAUCCUGCUUUAUUUGCUGGUUAUGAGACUACACCAUGGGAAUGCAUAGAGGAUUAUGUUCGUCUUGCAUUAGGAUAUGGUACAAAUUCUUUUAUUUUCCACCAUCAUUUGAUGUUUAUGUUUGAAGAUAUUAUGAGUAAUGCUGAACGAAAGACAUUCAAUACACUUUCCAGUAUACCAGCCAUCCUGGAUCACUUAGAGGAAUACUGGGGCUUAGAUGCAACCAAAUUGACUUAA